UGAUGUCCGUUACCCAGAAUGCCUCGUUUGUUGCGGGCUGAUCGAGGACUGACUGCCUGGCUAGCUAGCUGGCUACUACAUAUGCCCUACUUUCUGUACUAGCUAUGCGUUUUAAUGUAAUAACUAACGUCAGUGAAUAGCCGAGUGAAACGAAUAAGAGAACUACAACACUGUGGUUGAUAUAAUUGCGGUAAUGCCUCUCUUCACGUCCAAUCCAUUUGAGCAAGAUGUUGAGAAAGCCACCAGUGAGAUGAACACAGCGGAGGACUGGGGCCUCAUCCUGGACCUUUGUGAUAAGAUAGGACAGUCUCGCUCCGGGCCUAAAGAAUGUCUUCGGUCGAUUAUGAGACGAGUCAAUCACAAGGAUCCACAUGUUGCCAUGCAGGCUCUGACGCUACUUGGUGCCUGUGUUUCAAACUGUGGGAAGAUAUUUCAUCUAGAAGUGUGCUCCAGAGAGUUUGCCAGUGAGGUCAGCAACGUUCUAAACAAGGUCUGGAUAUUCGCUGUCAUUGGCCACCCUAAGGUAUGUGAGAAGCUGAAGGCACUGAUGGUAGAGUGGGCAGAGGACUUUAGGAAUGACCCUCAGCUCAGCCUGAUUUCAGCCAUGAUCAAGAACCUCAGGGAACAGGGGGUCACCUUCCCUGCUGUGGGCUCUCAGGUGGGUGCACUGGGGGCGGUCACCUUCCCUGCUGUGGGCUCUCAGGCUGCGGAGAAAGCUAAAGCAAGUCCUGCUUUAGUGGCAAAGGAUCCAUCCACCUUAACCAACAAGAAGGAGGAGGAAGACCUGGCUAAAGCCAUAGAGUUAUCUCUAAAGGAGCAGCGAAGUCAGCCUGGGUCAGGGCUGUCUGGGUCUGGUUUGUACCCCAGCGCCUCUUUCCUCUCUUCCCAGAGGCCUGAGGGCAGGAAGGUCAGGGCCAUCUAUGACUUUGAGGCUGCAGAGGACAACGAGCUCACCUUCAAGUCUGGAGAGAUCAUCACUAUCCUGGACGACAGUGACCCCAACUGGUGGAAAGGAGAAACGUAUCAGGGAGUUGGACUUUUCCCCUCAAACUUUGUAACGGCUGAUCUGACUGCAGAGCCUGAGAUGAUGAAGACAGAAAAGAAGACGGUGCAGUUCAGUGAGGAGGUCCAGGUGGAGAGCAUAGAGCCUGAGCCUGAACCGGUCUACAUAGACGAGGAGAAAAUGGACCAGCUGCUGCACAUGAUCCAGAGUGCAGAUCCAACAGACAACCAGUCUGAUGCCUGUGAGCUGCUGCAGCUAGAGGGUGCCUGCAACCAGAUGUGUCCCCUCAUUGAUCAGAAGCUUGAGAGCACUGACAGGAAGCAUUCAGAGCUGUCAGAGCUGAAUGUGAAGUUGAUGGAGGCUCUGUCUCUUUAUGCUAAGCUUAUGAAUGAGGACUAUGCCAUGUACACAAAGCUACAGACCCAGCAGUACUACAUGCAUCAAUCUGCCAACACAGCACAACAGGUGUACCCGGGUCAGUCUGGAGGGUCCUAUGGGAUGAGCGGUCCAGGAGGGGUUCAGCAGGGAUACAGUGUUUCUCUGGAGCAGCUACAGACUGGCCAGCCAGCACCCAGUGAUCUCCAUAUGUACAUGGGCCAGCCUCCAGUCUACAGUCCAGCUGCAGAGGGCUUGUCCUACCAGCCUCCAGCCAAUCAGCCAUCCGGCUACAGCUCCAUCCCCAACCCUGGCCAGAGCCUUCCACACCCACCUGACACACAGCAGCACCCCUACCCCGAGAAGGCUCUUCUAUAGAAAACACUACGCAACGCUACGCCAUGCUACACGCUACUACACACCAUGCCACGCUACUACACGCCACGCGCACACAUUACGCACCCACACUGCAAACUACACACGCCACGCACCCACACUGCAAACUACACACGCCACGCACCCACACUGCAAACUACACACGCCACGCACCCACACUGCAAACUACACACGCCACGCACCCACACUGCAAACUACACACGCCACGCGCCCACACUGCAAACUACACACGCCACGCGCCCACACUGCAAACUACACACGCCACGCGCCCACACUGCAAACUACACACGCCACGCGCCCACACUGCAAACUACACACGCCACGCGCCCACACUGCAAACUACACACGCCACGCGCCCACACUGCAAACUACACACGCCACGCGCCCACACUGCAAACUACGCACCCACACUGCAAACUACACACGACACGCACCCACACUGCAAACUACACACGACACGCACCCACACUGCAAACUACACACGCCACGCACCCACACUGCAAACUACACACGCCACGCACCCACACUGCAAACUACACACGCCACGCGCCCACACUGCAAACUACACACGC